AUGCUGCUCGAUACACAGAACAAUAACAACAGUACCGGUGGUAGUGGGAACAUGAGCGCCAGCAGCCGGAGUGUGGCCGCUUCGGCGGCAGCCCUGCAGGCAGCGGCCGCGGCCGCACUGACCGCCGCUAAGGGUGCGACGGAUUUCUCAAUUGCGGCAAUCAUGGCACUGCGGGAGGGCUCCGCAAGCCGGAGCCCUCUGGAAGCAGUUUUCGUAAGUGGACCCCCCAGUUCGGUAGAUCGGUUGUCCGAAGUGGACGAUGAAGUGGAUGUCGAUGUGGAAGAGUGUUCCGAUUCGGAGGAAGCUUCCCGGUCCGGGCAGGAUCGGAAUUCACAUUCCCGCGCGACGGCAACGCCUAACAGUGUUUCCGACGAGGAGAGGCUCACCCCGGAACCGGCAUCGAAACGACCGACGAUCGUUGGAACGUGCAAUUCCGACGAUCUGCGGCCGGUCCAGUGCCAUCUGGAAACCAAGGAGCUGUGGGAUAAGUUUAACGAGCUCGGCACCGAAAUGAUCAUCACCAAAACGGGACGUCGCAUGUUCCCGACGGUGCGCGUCUCCUUUUCCGGACCGCUGCGGCAGGUCACCCCGGCGGACCGUUACGUGGUGCUACUGGAUGUUGUCCCGGUGGACAAUCGGCGCUACCGCUAUGCGUAUCAUCGUUCCGCCUGGUUGGUCGCCGGUAAAGCCGAUCCGCCACCACCGCCACGGCUCUAUGCUCAUCCGGAUACUCCGAUCGGCGCGGAUGCCCUGCGCAAACAAGUUAUCUCGUUCGAGAAAGUCAAGCUAACCAACAACGAAAUGGACAAGAAUGGCCAGAUUGUUCUCAACUCGAUGCAUCGCUAUCAGCCACGCAUUCAUCUGGUUCGGCUGGGACCGGGACAGAACAUUCCCGCCACUCCGAAGGAACUGCAGGAUGUGGACCACAAGACGUACGUGUUUCCGGAAACCAUUUUCACCGCCGUUACGGCGUACCAGAACCAACUGAUCACCAAGCUGAAAAUUGACUCCAAUCCUUUUGCCAAGGGCUUCCGAGACUCCUCCCGACUAACGGAUUUCGAUAGUUUCCCUGGCAUGGACCCGAUGGACGCACUGCUACUCGAGCAGCACCUCCGCUCGCCGCUUCGUCUCUUUCCGGAUCCGUUGAUGGCUCAAUUUGGCGGUGCCGGCCAAGAUCCGGACGGUGCCCAGGCGGCUCUGAUCGAAAAGGCACGCCAACACCUGCAGAUGUGGGGUCGUGCCACACCCUACGGCGAUCUACUGAUCCCACAAAUGUACCAACGACCGAACCUGGGAGCGCUAAACCUAGGCCAUCUCUGGCAGAGCCAGUGGCCGUCGCAAUUCCCGCCAGGAUUUCUUCCGAAUGCUGCGGCCGCGGCCGCCGCUGCAGCAGCUGCUGCUCCUCCACCUCCUCCGCCGCGAACAACUCCCCCACCGGCCACGCAAACCAUGGCAAGUCCCGCCAGUUCCGCCGGUUCUCCCUCGCCGGAUCUUCGUGCGAAACAUUUCUCGCGCUUCAGUCCGUACCAAAUCCCGCAAGCACACCUUCAUCAUCCUUCGCAAGGUUUGCCGCCUUCCGCUUCAUCGUCUGCAACCCACCAAUCGUCUCCCUCGCCGAGGAGUCCAUCGAACUAG